CUCUGCUCUUUAUAAGACCAGUCUGGUCCUUCCAGCUCCACAGCUUCACAUCUGUUUUGGUGAAACCUGCUCCUUGCUUCUCUGCUGCCUGCUAACAAGACAACAUGGGCAGACAAAAGUUCUAUUUGGAGAAACUGUCCAAGACCUUCCAGAUCCGCAACCUACUGCUUCGCCAGGCCUUGGCAGAAUGUCUGGGCACCCUCAUCCUUGUGAUGUUUGGCUGCGGUGCCGUGGCUCAGUUGGUGUUGAGCAGCGGUUCUCACGGUUUGUUUCUGACGGUCAACUUUGCCUUCGGCUUUGCCGCCACUUUGGGAAUCCUGGUCUGUGGCCAAAUAUCAGGAGGACAUCUGAACCCCGCAGUGACGUUUGCGCUGUGCCUGCUCGGCAGGGAACGCUGGAGAAAGUUUCCCAUGUACUUCCUCUUUCAGACAAUCGGCGGUUUCUUCGGUGCAGCCAUCAUUUUCGGCAUGUACUAUGAUGCCUUGUGGGACCGUCCUGGUGCUUUCAAUGUCACUGGCCCAAAUGCCACAGCUGGAAUAUUUGCCACCUAUCCUGGAAAACAUCUCACCCUCGUCAAUGGGUUCUUUGAUCAGAUUAUUGGCACAGCAGCACUGAUCGUUUGUAUCCUGGCCAUUGUUGAUCCCUACAAUAACCCCAUCCCACAAGGAUUGGAGGCCUUCACUGUGGGCUUUGUGGUUCUGGUCAUUGGCUUGUCUAUGGGAUUCAACUCUGGCUACGCGGUCAAUCCUGCCAGAGACCUCGGACCUCGUAUUUUUACUGCAAUGGCGGGGUGGGGAACAGAAGUCUUCACUGUCAGAAAUGGUUGGUUCCUCGUACCCGUGUUUGCCCCCUUCCUCGGCACUAUCAUCGGCGUGAUCAUCUACCAAGUUAUGGUUGGUUUCCACGAGGAGGGAGAAGUACGCGACCGGAAGAACGCCGAGGCAGAGGAGAGUGUGCGGCUCACCAACAUUGUGGCCAACGACAAGUCGAAAGAAGCUACAAAACAAGUGCACUGAGCAGCUAGGCACAUUUUGUGGAUAGACACUAAAUCAAACCAGGUUUGUACCACUUUUCGCCACAGUUUAACUGCCAGAUUGGUGUGAUCUUGAAAUGAAGCUACUUUCUUUGUGUUCAUUUGCAUUAAUUUGCGUUUGUAGUAGGAGGGAAGAGACAUAAUGCAAACAUUCUUUUAAGAAAAGAUGAAAAUGUUAAGAUUGUGUCCCUGGUCUUAAGCAGUAUUUUAUUCUUUGUACCAAUGUAGUUUUUAAAAUACCUUUUUAGGAAGAGAUGAAAAUCCAAAAUGUUCAAACAAGCACUUAGGCAUGUCUACACAACUUUGUUUCCAUGUUAGUCCGAACAAUUUCAAUAUUUAAAUUUGAAUUCAAGCAUUGGAAUGUGAUGUUUGAGAUUAUUUUAUCUUUAACUGUGGGGAAAAACGAUUCUAUCACAAUAUUGAAUUUGUCGGUCUUCACAAGUAUAUAGUCAUGAAUUGCACCAUGUUUGUUGAUUCCCACCUGCACUGUUAGUGACUUGUAUUUUGGUGCUGGACUGGAAUAUGAGCCUCUUUGUGUUUUGUAUGUAGGUGAUUCUUUUGUACUGAUACAAUAAUAAAAAAAAUAUAUAUUUCACA